UAAUAUGUAUUUUGUACUUAAAUAUGCUCUAGAUGAGAUAUCGGCUUCAUACCAUUGCCGAUCUAUUCGAAAAGCUUUACGCUUCCCACACGGCAGCACUUGUUACUGGCACUCAACACUGUUACUUCAGUGCCAUUACGAUAAGACCGCCAGCCACACCAUCGUUCCACCGAAUGGGCUAUCGACCGUUCGAAAAUGUCUCAGCCAAAUCCCACUCAACACUACCAGGAGCAUGACAACCCCACGUUCGAUCUGAGCUGGGACUACGGAUAUGACGCCGAACUGCGCGUCGCGCCUCAGAACAAUGUGGUCCCCGUAGUGCACGCAGGAGAAACCCGAAUCAUCACCGCGCAACCUCAACAACGAGAUAACGGUCAGACUUUUCAAAUAGCCGUCACUCCAGAUACGCCAAUAAGAUCAAUAAAUAGCCCAUUCUUGACACCCUUCAACCCAAGAUCCGGCCUGGACUUCCUGUACGGACUUGCAUCCGUGUACGUCGAGCAGACCUAUGAACUCAACGAAUUUCUAUCGGCGGUUUCGUCCGAAAACCGAUACACCGUGCGCGGACCUUCCAAUGAAGCACUGUACGGCGUAUCGGAGAGCUCCGACCCGAACGAUCGCUGCUGGGGUUCCCUAAGGCCCUUUCAGCUGUCGAUCGUCGAUCGCAACAAUCAGGAGGUGAUACUGCUGAAGAAGAACCUCGGUUGUGGGAUCUUUUGCUGCUUCUGCAAGAACCAGUUCCUGGAGCUGUGGGCAACGCCGGGGAAUCUGAUCGGCUGUAUCCAGCAAGAUUACGGAAUACUGUCUAGGGAGAUUAUUCUAAUGAACGGGGAUUUGAACACCAUGUUUCGAAUUCCGAUUUCGCUGCAAAAUGCAAUCCGCAUGCCGAGUGAGGCACACUUCGUAGUGAUGGACCGAGAUAUGCGGAACCAGAAAGGUACCAUUACCAGGGCAUGGAACGUGAGCAGUUCGUCGUAUACGAAUAAUAUUUAUUUCACGGAACCGGAACUCGACGUGCGACUGAAGGCGUUAUUUUUGGGAGCUGCUUUUCUAUUGGAAUACAUUUACUUUCAAUCAAAAUGCUGCUGAUGAUGGAACACGAUUGAAACAUAACGAAAUUUGACGGCAUAUCCUCUUCUAUCAUAUGAAGAAAGUUGCAGGCUCAACUUACAAGCACCACCACAACGCCGCUAUUGACAUUAUUUCUCAACGUAUGCAAUCCGCAUCAUUACACUUGGAAAUAAAAUUGUAUGUACCUCCACCCAAAGCAC